AUGGAGAUCAUCAAGAACAACAAGGGUGGGCAGAAGUUGUGUUACCAGGGGUACUGCUACACGAAGAAAGCAAAGUCAGCGGUUAGCCAGCGUUGGGAGUGUGACCAACGGGGUUCACAGAAAUGCCUUGCUACCACUGAUCUAGAGCUAGUGAAGUCAGUGACAGAGCACACCCAUGACGCCGACAUGUUCAAGGUCAGUGCGCUGAAGGUUAGGGUGUCUGCUGGAACGCUUGAGACCUUGAAAAAGACGGCUCGGAAGAGAAAGCGACAGGACACCCCAGCAGAGCCCAAGAGUGCGUCAGACAUCCCAAUUCCGUUGCCCGACGAGUAUCGGAAGACCCUUACCUUUGACAACGAGUCUGCAGCGCGCAUUCUAAUAUUUGCCUCAGAGGAUGGUCUUCGCCUCCUAGACAAUGCCGACACCUGGUUCCUCGAUGGCACCCACUCGUCAGCUCCAUCGCAGUUCCAGCAGCUGUUCAUCCUUCGCGUUCCCUUAGGCGAGACUUACCAGACUGCUGUCUACGCCCUGCUUCCAUCGAAGGAACAGUCCACAUAUGAGGAAUUCUUCACGAGAGUGCUGGAUUCUUGCCUAUCGAGGGACGUACGCCCAAUACCGUCCCGUCUCGUGGCAGAUUACGAGAUAGCCAUUCACAACGCCAUGAGAGCUACACUUUCGUCCAAUAUACAGGUCCAGGGCUGCUUCUACCACCUCACACAGUCGACCUGUCGCCGGAUCCAGAGUGAGGGGCUUCAACGGCUGUACAGAGAAGACAGCAAUGUCAGACACUUCUGCGGCAUGCUUGACGGACUGGCAUUCCUUCCCGUGGCGGACGUCAAGGAGGGGAUGCAGGUGCUACAGGAGUCCAUCCCAGACGGGCUUGAGAGCUUGUUCGAGUACUUCGACUCGACUUACGUAAAUGGAACUUACAGCCAUCAAGUGUAUAAAAGGCGAUGCGGCGAUGGUGGAGGCUGAUGUAAUGCGACAUGCGAGAGGCCAGUCGCCAUCCAGACAGAAAAGGAAAACCAGGACGGCUCACCAGACAACGCUGUUGACUUUGUGUCAACAAUACAAACUGGUGAGAAGACCAUCCGUAAGUUCCUGAAGGCCAUCGGCUAUAGCAUUCGGCUUUAAUUGUGUGAUUUUAGGGAAUGAUUUGAUCUUUGUAAAUAAACGUAAAUAUAUGCCUGUUUAUCGUUAAUA